AUGGCGAACUCAGAAUCAGGAUCUGAUUCGAGAGCAGAAAAUGAGUGUCCAACCACAAUACCUACACGAGGGCCGACGCAAAUGAAUGAAAUAUCCAAACUAAUGGAUCAGGGCAAAAGAGUGGCCCUCGAAGUUAAUGAUAAAGGUCAAUACUGUGGAAAAAGCUACGCGAAGCUCGUAUCCACUCUGGGAGUCAGAUGUCGGCAGACAAUAGGGUUGGCUUAUAAAAACUGGAAAGAAGUCAACCAGACUCUAAAAAAUAAAGUUUGGAAAGACAUUCAGACGGGGUUCAUUGUGCCGGACACCUUCAAACAUGAUUGUCUCAUCCUAGCUGGGAAGUUAAUGAAAGACUUCAAGAAUAGGAUGACAAAAGACAUCAUAAUGCCCGCGUUGAAAGAGAAUGAUCUGGGACGACUGGCACAAGUCCCUGAAAAGCACCCGGAGAUCGACGCUGCUGAUUGGUGCAAAUUUGUUGAAAGUCGACUAACUCCUGAAUUUCUGGUACGCUAA